AUGGCUGUAAAUCCUUAUACAUCAACGUUAGUUUCAUCUUCUUUGUCUUCCAAACCCUACAAUCAGACUAUUCGAUUCAUCGCCAUUAAACCAACCAAACCUUCAAGAAAAGCUUCCAUCAACUGUGCUGCUCUACAGUCUUCUCCCUUACUUCAUUUUCCACACACCAUUAACAGAGAACAACAAGACUCACACCACCCACUGCAAUGGAACCUCUUACAAAGAGCUGCGGCCACCGCAUUGGAUAUGUUCGAAGGUGCCUUAGUUUCACGCGAAACUGAAAACCCUUUUCCCAAAACUUCGGAUCCACGUGUACAAAUCUCCGGGAACUUCGCUCCGGUGCCGGAACAAGCAGUGAAACAUAAUCUACCAGUUAACGGAUCCAUACCCGAUUGUAUUAACGGUGUGUAUGUUCGCAAUGGGGCUAACCCACUUUUUGAACCUGUCGCGGGGCACCACCUGUUCGAUGGCGAUGGUAUGGUUCAUGCUGUAAGCAUCGACGGGAACUCUGUGAGCUAUUCCUGUAAGUUAACGGAGACUAAUCGGCUUAUUCAGGAGAGGGAGAUGGGUCGACCUGUUUUCCCGAAAGCAAUAGGUGAGCUUCAUGGACAUUCCGGUGUUGCUCGGUUGGCUUUAUUUUAUGCCCGAUCAUUAUUGGGUUUGGUUGAUCAUAGCAAGGGCAUGGGUGUUGCGAACGCCGGUCUGAUUUACUUCAACAACCGGUUGCUCGCCAUGUCGGAAGAUGAUUUGCCUUAUCAAAUAAGGAUUACUCCGUCGUCAGAUAUAGAGACGGUUGGACGGUAUGAUUUCUCCGAGCAACACAUGUCGACGAUGAUAGCUCACCCGAAGCUCGACCCGGUAACUGGAGAGAUGUUUGCUCUGAGCUACGACGUCGUCAAGAAGCCAUAUCUAAAAUACUUUAAGUUUUCGAAAGACGGAGGGAAGUCGCCGGACGUUGAAAUCCCAUUAGACGUGCCGACGAUGAUGCAUGAUUUCGCAAUCACCGAGAACUUUGUGGUGGUUCCCGACCAACAAGUGGUGUUCAAACUCCAAGAAAUGAUAAAAGGAGGAUCACCGGUGAUUUACGACAAGGAUAAAAAGUCUCGUUUUGGGAUUUUACCAAAAAACGCAGAAACAUCCGAUGACAUGAUAUGGGUGGAGUCGCCGGAAACAUUCUGCUUUCACUUAUGGAACGCUUGGGAAGAACCGGAGUCUAACGAAGUCGUCGUGAUCGGUUCAUGCAUGACUCCACCGGAUUCCAUUUUUAAUGAAUGCGACGAGAAUCUUAAAAGCGUUUUAUCAGAAAUCAGAAUAAACCUAAAGACUCGUAGAUCAACAAAACGCUCGAUUCUCCAUGAAUCCGAACAAGUCAACCUCGAAGCAGGUAUGGUGAACCGCGACAAACUAGGUCGAAAAACCCAGUUUGCAUACCUCGCCAUUGCUGAACCAUGGCCCAAAGUUUCAGGCUUCGCAAAAGUUGACUUGACCACCGGAGAAAUCAAGAAGUUCUUCUACGGCGACGAGAGGUACGGCGGUGAGCCGUUUUUUCUUCCGAGUGGCCUGAACUCUGAGAGAGAAGAUGAUGGAUAUAUUUUGUCAUUUGUGCAUGACGAGAAGACGUGGAAAUCAGAACUGCAGAUCAUUAACGCCAUGACCAUGUUGAUGGAAGCUUCAGUUAAACUUCCAUCUAGAGUUCCAUACGGGUUCCAUGGCACUUUCAUAAGCUCAAAGGAUUUGGCUGAACAAGCACAGUAA